UAUAUUCAACAUCAGCUCUUAUGGUCAUAGCAUAAUUAUCCUGGCUGGUUACUUUUAGAAUAAAAAAGUAGCUGAGCAUGCACUGUCUUGCUAGCAAAGUCGUCAGGGAGAAGAGGUUCCUUCCCCUCCAGAACACAAACCAGGAAUCGAGAAGAGGAGAUUACAAAGCCCAUGGCAGGUCUCAUCAAAGCUUUUGCUGCGACUCUUGUUUUAUGCCUACUUACCAGAGGAUCAUGUGAUUGCUCAUUGAACAACAUCACCAUUGGGACAGUCCGAAGUGGGAGAGAAAUAAGUGGUCAGGCAGAUUGGAACGUGACAGUGGUAAACAACUGCCAAUGUGCUCAAAGCCAAAUACAGUUGUCUUGCAUGGGGUUUCAAACAGUGGAAAAUAUUGACCCAUCAAUCCUUUCGAAGCAAGGUGAUACCUGCCUGCUCAUCAAUGGCAGUUCCCUGGAGGCAUCAGCUUCUGUCAACUUCUCCUAUGCUUGGGAUCCUCCUUUUCUGUUGUUGCCACUGGGCUCUGUUAUCCAUGGCUGUUAACCUUGGAGUAUCCUUUUCGCUUUCAUUUUUUUAUAACUACACAAUCUCCUCAAUGAAAAAGGGAUUUUAAUGUGGUUAUUAUA